UCUUUAUCUGUCAGUUGGAUGAAUGUGUUUCGAUUUACACCUUCUGUUCUGUUCUUUAAUACAAUACAAUUGUAAUAGAAUAUAAACAAUGGGAUUUCUGUCGGUUUUGAGGAAGAUGAAGCAGAAAGAGAAGGAAAUGAGGAUUCUGAUAUUGGGUUUGGAUAAUGCCGGUAAGACGACGAUCCUGAAGAGAUUCAACGGCGAGGAUAUCGACACGAUUUCACCGACGCUCGGCUUCAACAUUAAAACGCUGGAGCACAGGAACUUCAAGCUGAACAUGUGGGACGUGGGCGGACAGAAGUCGUUACGUUCCUAUUGGCGCAACUACUUUGAGUGCACAGACGGUCUGAUCUGGGUGGUGGACAGCGCCGACAGAAGACGUAUGCAGGACUGCAAGAAUGAACUGCACAAGUUGCUCUUGGAAGAGAGGUUGGCAGGUGCAACUCUUUUGAUUUUUGCCAAUAAACAGGACUUGCCUGGUGCAUGCUCUGCAGAGGAAUUGCAAGAAAUACUCGAAUUGAAUUUGAUCAAAACUCACCACUGGCAGAUUGUGUGGUGCAGCGCCGUCACUGGGGAGAAUCUUCUGAAGGGCAUAGACUGGCUGAUCAAUGACAUUGCCGUCAGGAUAUUCACGCUCGAUUAAGCUUUAUUAAUGUGAUACGUAUUUAUUUCCUCUUUAAUUAUUUCUUCUCUCUUUACUAUUUUAUUAUUAUCAUUAAAAAAAAUACG